CAUUAACCCUUUUAUAUUUAAAGUAAUAAUAUUCACAAAUUAAAUAUAAUAAAAUUCAUAUAUUAAACUGUAUAAUGUAAAAUUAUUAUAAAAAAAGAAAUCAAAUAUCGAUGCAAUGAUUUCAUUUAGAUAUUUCUCUUCUAAUUUGAGUUAAUGUAUAUACAAUAUCUUUUAACCUUGAAAGUAUGACUAAUAUCGAUUUUAGGAUAUUUCUAUACUUUUUCUCAUUAUUAUUCAAUAUUCUGUAGUAAACAGUAAUUGAAGUUAAAUUUUACCAUUAUAUUUUGUGAAUUUGUUACAAUAUUUUAAAGCAAUACUAAUUUUUAUUAAAUAUUUUAUGGCUGUGACAAUGUGUGAUAAAAGUAUAAAAAAUAUUGAAAUAACAGAAGAUUUUUUAGAAUUUUACGAAUUAGUACCAAAGGAAAAAUUUGUCAUGAAAACAGGAAAUUUUUCCACCUGUCGAAAAUGUCUUGACAAAAAAACACGUAAAGAAUAUGCUGUGAAAAUAAUCAACGAAGAUAAUUACGAUCCAGAAGAGAUAUAUUUUUUAAAAAAAGCCCAGGGUCAUCUAAAUAUUGUUGAAUUUAUAGGUGCCUUUAUAGACUGUGAUGAUAGUAAAUAUUUAGUAAUGGAAUUAUUAACAGGUGGUGAUUUAUUUGAUGUAUUAGAAAAUAAACCAUUUAAUGAGGAACAAUCGAAGAAAAUAAUUAAACAAUUGAGUUCAGCUGUACAAUAUUUACAUUCUAAAGAUAUUGUACAUCGUGAUAUUAAACCUGAGAAUUUAAUUUUUUCACAUUCCAUAAAUGAUGAUGCACUAAUUAAAAUAAUAGAUUUUGGUCUAUCAGUUAAUAAAAAUGAAUGUCAACCAAUGAAAUAUAAAUUCUUCUCACUUCCUUACGCUGCACCGGAAAUUGUUGCAUUGGAAAAAUAUAACGAAAGCUGUGAUAUUUGGAGUAUUGGAUGUAUUUUGUAUUAUUUAUUAACUGUCAAGGAAGCUUUUCCUUAUUCAGCUGCUACAAAUUCUGCACUUAAUAUAAAAUCAGGAAAAAGUAAAUAUAAUGAAGAUAUUAUCAGUCAUGUUUCUGAUAAAUGUAAGGAGGUAAUAAAAGGUUUAUUGAAGGUAGAUCCACAAAAAAGAUUUACAGCAAAUCAAUUAGUUAAUCAUUCAUGGUUAACAGGGAAAAAUUAAUGUUUCUCUUUAAAUAUAAAUGUCUUUACCAACAUUAGAUAAAAGUUUAGUUUAAAUUUCCCGCUAAAUCUAGAACAAAGAUGGCUAGUUUGAAAUUUCCUAGAAAUAACCUUCUUAUCACCAAAAAAAACAAAUUUUUCACCUACAAGAAAUUUCUUUAAAUUGCACUCAUUCUUCGUAAUUAAUUCAACUUUUGCUAAAUUUUAUAAAAGUGCCUUUGAUUUUGCCAAGAAGAAAAUGUGAUCUAGGGACAUGAUGAAUUAACCAGAAAAAAUUUCAAACGUUGGCAACAGUGCUAAAAAGGAAGCCGGCGUCCGGCGUCAUUUCUUUUUCCGUUACUCGUCUCUUGGUCGAGAAAGAGAUUUAUAAAACACAAGACAGUUCCCGUGCGCGUUCUAACUCGAAACAAAAAAAAAGUUUGACGCAGUGACUAAGUGUGAAUGAUCGUCUCAUGUUGAAAAGGUGAUUGAAUAUCAAUUUGAAACGAACUUUUAAAAUAGUGAUUGUAAAACUA